UAGUAUUUCACUUUCGUGAGAAAAAGUGUGUAAAUAUGGUUUGUUGAUGUAUUGAAUGUUUAGUACAUCAUGUCAUCGAAUGUGCCGCUGGAUAAACUCCAAGUAAAAGUUGAAAUUUCUAAAAACAAGACGGAGAAUGUCCCGGCUUUGCAUCCUCGCUGGGUACAGAAGAUCCAGUUCCUGAAAUACCAUGCUCCACCGCUGGACGUCGGUGACCGGGGUCAGUGUGAGGAGUGGGGAGACCGCCUUAAGUUCAUUGAAGAAGAUCUUCACUGGGCUCUUCAGCUGCCACAUGACAAAUUUUGGUGCCAGAUUGUGUUCGAUGAAACUUUCAUUACCCUGAUAGACAGCUAUCUGCGCUACGCCCCAAGGACACAUGAUGUCCUGAUUGAACUUCCUGCGGACACAAAGUCUCGCCACGACGAGGUUCACCGGCUUAUGUUUAUGACAUGCCUUCGUAUGGCCACACACAAGGAAUCCAAGGAACAUCACAUCACUCCCAGUGUGUUUGGUGACAUCCUGUAUGAGAACUUCCUGUUUGACGUCCCCAAACUGCUGGAUCUGUGUGUGUUAUAUGGACAGGGUAACAGCCAGCUACUACACAAGAUGAUUGAGAACGUAUUCACCAACCAGCCUAAAUACAACGACGACCUACACAGCACAAUACCGACAAUCUUACAGGUUUUUGACAAUAUUCGAGCCAAGUGUGGUCUGGCAGAUGGGAGUGGCUUGACCCCUAAGAAACUGACCAAACCUAGCCAGGAACUGUCAGAACUGGGCACUAUGUCGAUGGCCGACUUUCAGGAUGUGGUGUUUUACCUGGCGGACACAGGAACCACACUGGCCUGUUUUUUGGAUGUCUACCCUCCGGCCUGCGGUCUGUUUCACAAGGAAGAUUUUGUACACCAACUUGCCAUCCUGUAUGAAUCUGUGAUCCCUGAAGUUGUUUCCACUAUCAAGAAACGGACAUUUGACAGCCACAGCCACAAGAUGCUGUUGAGGCAGAAGACACAGGAAGCCAAGAGUUCUCUGUUAAAGGUUGUGCAUUUGAUCGUAAAUACCUGCUGUAUACAACCAAUACUGGAAAAUGUUGGUGCUGAAGACAGAGUGGAAGAUCUAAUACACUUGUUUACGUCAAUGCUGAAUGAGAGAAGGUUUCUGGCUGACUUUGAGAGUCAUCAUCGAUUUGAAAACUACCAGGACAUACUACUGCAGGCACCCAUAGAAAUUGAUGAAAUGAGAUUGCAGUACAUACAGGAUGCCAUCAGUUCAGCCUUCACUACUCAUGGUCGUCGCCGGAAACCAACCGGGGGCACGAAAAGAGGGGGUAGGACAAGUCCAGAUGGGUCUCCAGCGCCAAUGGAGGAUACAUGUGCUGUUGGGGGUGGAGCUACAUCCGGAGUAAUGGGCGGAGCUACAGGUGGCGCCACAGGUAGAUCUACAGCUGAAUCAGAGAGUACAGGAUAUGGUGACGACUCCCAGGUAGAACAUUAUGAGGCAGCAGGGGCCUGUGCGAUGCAGAAAACAGGUGUGGAGCUUGAGUCCCUCAUCUCCUCUGUCAGAGACCUACUUCCUGACCUGGGGGAGGGCUUCAUUGAGGUUUGUUUAGAAGAGAUGGAUUAUAACCUAGAGCGUGUUAUCAAUGCCGUCUUGGAGGAUAAACUGCCACCGUCUUUGCAGGAGUUGGACAGAUCAAUGCCUCGGGAGGAACCCCAACAACCUGACAACAACCCAAUAUCGCUAUUGGACGGCCGUCGUAACGUGUACGACAACGAUGAAUUUGACGUGUUCAGCCGUGACAGUGUAGAUACAUCACGUAUAUUCCAGGGAAAACAAAACAAGAUGGACAAAAUUUCCCUUGAUGAUAAGACGCUUGGAACGGACGACAAAUUCAGGCUCAAUGAAGCGUAUGGUUAUGUUGUGGAGAGAGUCAAUGCCGACGAAGCAGCACAGAUGGCCGAGCUCUACGAUGACGAGUACGACGAUACGUACGACACAAACAACGUCGGAGCAGACGACGCAGAUUCUGCUGAUGAGCUGUCACAUGGGAAGGCAUUCACGGUUCCAAGGAUCCUAGGAGGUGGUAAACAAAGACAGCCCAAUCGGAAGAGCAGUGAAUCCGACUCACAGGAUUCGGAUGAGGAGAAAAAACGGGAUCAAUUUGUACGAGACCCAGCUCUCCUGAGGCAGCAAGCAGAGCAGCGUAGGAUGUCUCAGAGGAGAGGUCAAGGUCGUCGAUAUGGCCAAGGUCAAGGUCAUCCUCCAAGAGAACAGGGUCAAGAUGGACCAAAACAUGAUGUUCAGGGCAAGCAGAAAGGCCAGGGUCAGGAUGCAGAUGUUCUCCGAAACAGAAAAUUUAAAGAGAAAAAUAAGUCGUCGAGAGGAAAUCACAACAGGCGUUACAUGUCUGAUAAGAAAAGGAUGGGGUUUGGUGGGGGGCCAUAACAACAGCAUAAAAACAGCAUAAAAACAGCAUUAAAACUAAUGAGGACACUAUAAUGUUAUCUAUUUGUUGCUUUUAUGGCAUGUUUGGGAGACACAUGGAAGAUAGGCCAGAUACAACUAUUACGUAUCACACUGUUUCCUGUCUCCUCACUGUCUAGCAUAUUUUUAAUGUUCAAAAUAUUUCUAAAUUUUGCAACUCUGCUCUAUGAAAAAAAUGCAUAUUAGAUAGAGUAAAACAUGCCUACAUACUGACAGUUCAUUUUUGUUUAGGCGUAAAUGAUGUCUGAUGUAUACAAUUGGACUUAAUUUAGGGAUAUCAAACUGUUUCCUUAAGUGUUGUAAGAAAAGGCAUGGAGUGCUAGAUCUCGUCAGAGUUCUUGUUUCCUCGGGAUAGUUUCCAAAGUAUGCAAGUCUUAAAGGUGAUUCCACAAUAUUUUGAUUCAAAUUACCUUGUUUUUGUGUUGAUUACUGGAGCAAUCUUUCAGGUCAGAUAUAAUUUACAUUAUCCUGAAUUUUUCCAAAAUUGGAGCAUGAGCACAGUGUGGUAGGGGUGUGGGAAGGGGCGUUUUCUAAUAAAUCAUAGAAUUUCAUGCAAACACAGUUACAUUAGUGUUUCCCAACAUUCUCCUGAAUGUUUCCAAUGUUUGAUCAUGUGCUUUGGGCCAGGUGCGAUUGUCUUAUAAAUGAUGGAAUUAGUUACAUGAUUUUGAGAAUUGUAAUCGCCAUAAUAUUUUUGGAAGAAAAUACUUGCUUUGCAUGUCAUCUUAAAAACCCUAACAAAUUGAAUAAUGGAGGUAUAAUUAUUAUGGUUGUAUGCAAGCAAUAGUAAAUUAAGGUUUUAUUAAUGUGUUUGUAUCAGAAACAAUUCAGAUUUUAUCAUGAAACAAUGAAAGACAUCCCAACGUCAUUAUGUAAAGUUUGUGAACCAGCAGAGCUAUUCAACCAUCCCAUUCAAGACAAAGAUACAAUAAAGUUAACAGAUUAGUAAGAUAAGCUAUUUAAUUAUAAUGGUAACGACAUAUUAAGAUAAACCAUUUUAUUCAAGACAUAUGCACUAUAAUGGUAACGAAAUAGUUAGAUUAACCAUCUAAUUAAACACAUACAAACUAUAAUGGUAAUAUAAUAGAUCGGCAAGUCAUCCAAUUUAAAAUAUAUAUACUACAUUGUAUAUUGGUACCGGAAAGGGUAUACAUUAUUUUUGGCCGAAUUGCAAUGCAAUCAGGGCUUAUAGAUUAGUGAUUUGGUUAAGAAGAAUGGUUAAGUUCAGUUACAAAGUAACUAAUUGUCCUACAUCAACUAAACUUGCAUGGCUUAUGUAUCUAAGGAUGCUUAUCACAUGCGAUGCUUAGGAUUCUGCUUCUGACCUACAUUUUCAACUUGGCUGACCAGGUUAAGAAGUUUGGUUGAGGUCAGGCCCCAUCUGCACUAUGGUUAAGAAGAUUGGUUUAGGUCACUUACCAAGUAACUACUUGUCCUAUAUCAACUAAACUUGCAUGGCUUAUGAAUCUUAAAGGAUGCUUAUCACAUGUAAUGCUUUGCAUGAAAAUGUACUUUAGCAAUCCCGCCAGUAUUGCUAUUGGCGGUUUCUUGUUCUUUUGUUGAUUAUUUAUUUAUGAAGUUGAUCAUUUUUCUGUGAAAUGCAUUUAAAUGAUUAAAGAUGAG